GUGGGAUUGGACAGACUUUUUUCGAAUUUUAAAGUUUUGUUUUUUCUUCUUUUUGAUUAGGAAACUGUUCAAAUUGGGAUCUGUCCAAUCCUUCCCACUUGUCUGCUUCCUACCUGUUCCUCCCCCUCCAGUCCGGGUACUGGGCCAGUCCAUCAGAUUGGCCCUCGGGUGACUCUUCAGACUUCGGACACAGAAGUGCAUGACACUGCUCACUCGAUCACAGACCAAGGCCAUGGACCGGAAGGCGGGAGAAUCCCUCUUGGCCUAUGAGGAACGCCUGGCGGCAUUCAUUCAGGAGGCCAACGAUAGGGCUGCCGCCGCGGCCAAGGAACGUAAUCGGCUCGAACAAGAGGAGGAGGCCAAGCGACAGAAGGAGGAACAGGACCGACUUCGUCAAGAAGAGGCAGACCUGCAGGCGCCAGCCGAACACCGAUCACGCCAGCGGGAACGACUGUUCACGCGGGAGACCGUGAUCGGCGAUGAGGCCGCACAUUGGGUGGAAGUGACAUCUGCAGACGGGGCCCCGGAGACUGAGAAAGGGCUGUCAGCCCUUGCGCAGGUCUCCCAUGACCUCGUGGCCACCUGCGCUCUGCAGCAGGAGGAAAUCCUUCACCUGCAGCAGACAGUGGACCAAAUGCUCGCACGGCUGCAGGCGUUGGAGAAACAGCCAGCUGCUGUAGCAGCCGCAGGGCCUUCCACCCUUACCACCCGUGUGCAAGUUUUGGAGGAUGACGUCAGCAACAUCAAGCGUGUGCAACAGGACUUCCGGACGUCGCAGCAAGCAACGAACUUGCAGUUGGAGACGCAGGUGCCCGGAGCUGAAGUGGGCAGUGAGGAAGACAACGGCGCCCAUAGCUGGAAGGAGGAAGACGACAGCGGCCAUAGCCGCCAAGCUGCUGGAGUCAAUAGAGUGCCCGGAGCUGAAGUGGGCAGUGAGGAAGACGAUGGCAGCCAUAGCUGGAAGGAAGCUGCUGGAGUCGACAUAGUUGGGACGAGUACUGCCCCCUACACCCAAGCUCAAGAGGAGCAAGUCGCCGCCAUACUGAGGGAGAGAAGGGAGAAGGAGCUCCUCAAGCACGCAAAGUUGAAGGCGAUAGCGGAGGAGCAGGCGGCGAAGAAGAAGAAGUUGGAGGAAGAGAUGAGGAGAUUAGUGCAGGAGGAGGAAGAGAAGAGGAGGGUUGUUGAAGAAGAAGCAGCAGCAAAGGAGGAAGUCGAAGAAGAACCCCUCGAAAAAAGGCGUAAGGACGCGAGGGGAGAAAGCAGUGGCAUAACGGCGGAGGACAAAUGGAUGGAAAAGAAAAUUAGUGAGUGGGUGGCUAAUUUAUCGCUGGGAGAGGAUGAGGAGGCACUGCUGUACGUGCCUCAGGAGGAGAGAGAGGCAUUCGCUAGGGAGUUGGAAGUGAUGGAGGACCCUUUGGAUCGCCAGACAACAGAAGAUGAAAAGAGGUCGGAGUGGAAAUUGCGUCUGACGAGGGAGAAGAAGAGAAGGAGGGAGGAAGCCAACCGGAUAGCUAGAGAGGUGGAGAAAGUCCAAGCAUGCAGACAAGAGGUGCAGGCACAAGCAGAGACCCCCGCGAAGUUAGAUAAGAUCUUGGGGUAUCUUGAAGUCUUGAGCAUGGCAGAAGAGUUGAAGGAGAGAAUGCCUGCCUGGGCCAAAAUGAAGAAGGAUAGUAAGGGACAACUAGUCUUAGUGGAUGUAGAGGUCUUUAGGAGUAGAGUAGGGUCCCUAAUAGACUCAGGGGCCACUCGCAGUUAUAUUAGCCGUAGAGCGCUGAAGAAGCUAAGGCUAGGGUUAAAAGUCCAAAAGUUAGAAGACCCCAUAGUUAGUGUCCUCGCAGACAACCGCGCUAUGCGUGUUAAGGACUACGUAGAGGGAGUCCAGGUGUAUUUCCGCCUAGAGAAAGAUGGGAAGGUGGAGAGGGUUCUCCAUUCCCUGACUCUCCUCGUACAGGAUGACCUUCCUUUUGAUAUAGUCUUAGGUAUGGAUUGGGGAGAGGCAGUAGGGGCCACACUCCACUUAAGAGAGCAUGAGUGUAGGCUCCCUAGUCCGUCAGGCAAGGUUAAGACUGCCCGCCUGUUUCAUGUGUCUGGAGUAGAUAACUCCUUGGCACAUUGCUGUCUCAGUGUUCCCGCGUUCACGCGAUUAGUGAGAAAAGUAGCCUAUGUGAGGCAUGUCACUGAGCCUAAGGAAGACACACCCAUAGACCCAGCUAUUGCCAAGCUGCUGGAAGAAUUUAAGGAUUUGACAGAGCCGCCGAUACGAGUAGUGUCGCGGCCAAUCCAACAUCGUAUAGAGAUAGAGCCUAGCAGUGGGACUCCUAAGGGAGCAGUCUACAGGAUGUCCCCAAGGGAGUUAGAGGAGCUGCGUAAGCAGUUAGACGAGUUCCUCGAAAAGGGUUGGAUUAGGCCCAGUUCAUCUCCUUUUGGAGCACCAGUUUUGUUUGUCCCCAAGAAGGAAGGAGAGUUACGGAUGUGCAUAGACUAUAGGGGUCUUAAUGCGAUCACAGUGAAGAACGUUGAACCGCUGCCCAGGAUAGACGAUCUUUUAGAUCGGGUGCAGGGUUGCAGAUAUUUUUCGAAGAUCGAUUUGAAGUUCGGAUAUCAUCAGAUAGAGGUCCAUCCUGAUGACCAGUACAAGACUGCAUUCUGGACUAGAUAUGGGCAUUAUGAGUUCAUAGGGAUGCCCUUCGGACCGACCAAUGCGCCAACUACAUUUCAGCGAUGUAUGAAUGAUUUGUUCAGACCUUGGUUAGAUAGAUUCGUCGUAGUUUACUUAGACGACAUUUUAGUAUUCAGUAGGACCCUCCAAGAGCACCAGGGUCAUUUGAGGCAGGUCUUGGAGAAGCUGAGAGAAGCUAACUUCAAGAUAAAUGCGAAGAAAUUCGAGUGGGCCAAGACGCAAGUCUUGUACUUGGGCCACGUUUUAGACGGAGACGACAUUAAGCCUGAGGACAGCAAGAUAGCGGCGAUUAGCGAUUGGCCGACGCCCCGCACGUUGACUGAGUUGCGGUCGUUCCUAGGCCUAGCGAAUUACUAUAGGAAGUUCGUGAGGAACUUCUUGACUAUCGCCGCUUCCCUUCGCAGAUUGCUCAUUGACAAGAAAGAGGCGAUCUGGCAGGUGACGGCAGAAAGAUUUGGAGAAAGAGCGUUUGGGAAACAGAUUGAGGGGUUGAGAUUGGAGUACGGGCAUAUCAAGAAAAAGAUGGAUGAGAUGUAUAGGUCGCUGAAGCAGAAUAUUACGAGCAUUAAGAGACCAGCUAUGGGAGUAUGCAUCAGUAGUCCGCCGGAAGCCCCUGUGAGAGGGAAGAGUAAGGUAAUUGGAGUUGGGACGCCUACCUCACAAGACUUUGAGAAACUAUUGAAGGCUUAUAAUUCGGUCAAAGAGGGAGAAUGUAUUGCGGAUCUAGAAGUGCAAGCUUUAAGGGAAAGAUUUGAAAAGGCUGUGGCAAGGCUCAUCAGGCAAGGGCGCACUCUGCGAUCGAACCUCACCAAGCAUAUGGAUGAGGCCACAAAUGACAAGGAUCAGGACAACCUUCCAAAACGGCAAGACGGGCUCGAUGACCUGACCAUCAGACCUUCAACCCCCAAGAGGACAUCAGGGCGUUUGGCAACGAAGGCGGCGACACUGGAGCGAGCGGAAUUCCUCGAGGAGACAAAGAAAUAUCUGAAGCGCCUCAAGAAACAUGGCCUUCAAACGUUGCGCGAUAAGGAGGGUCUUACUUUUAUUACUUGUGAGCAAGCGAUCAAUGAUAUAGCCGAGCUCCGUACGAUGAUCGCCUUCGAUGGUCGCCAGGCACAGACGAAGCCAGCUCGAUCCAUUCUGGAAUCUGAGGCAGACGAAGGCCGCGACGAAGACAGAGAUACAGUAGAGUUGCACGACACACAACCGGUGGAAGCUGAGGACAAAGAGCACAUUGCUGAAGAAUAGGAAUUUGGCCCAAGCGUGAAAACGGAUCAGAAAGUCUAAAGCCAGCCGUGUCACGACUCCUGAGUCACCCGAAC